AGCCUUGUAUCUCCAUCAGCUUCGAAUCCAUCACAACCUCAGCUCACCACACACUGCUAGCUAGCUGCUUUACACUUCACUCUCACUAUAGCAGCUGCUAGCGAUCAGAUCAGUGAGUGUUAAUUAUUUUUUAUAUAUAUAAUGGCUCGCCGCCUCUCCGUCUCCGUCGUCGUCCUGGUGGCUGCGCUGGUGGCUGCCGAGACCGCUUCGGCGGCGGUGAGCUGCGGCGAGGUGACGUCGGCCGUGGCGCCGUGCCUGGGGUACGCGAUGGGCAGCUCGGCUUCGCCCUCGGCGGCGUGCUGCAACGGGGUGAGGUCGCUAAGCAGCCGGGCGUCGUCGACGGCGGACCGGCAGGCGGCGUGCGCCUGCCUCAAGAGCAUGACGGGGAGGCUGGGCGGCAACAUGCGCAACGCCGCCAGCAUCCCCAGCAAGUGCGGCGUCAACGUCGGCGUCCCCAUCAGCCCAAACGUCGACUGCUCCAAGAUAAACUGAGAAGAAGGAUGAAUGGCUAUGAUGUCGGCCAACAGAGCAGAGAGCAGUCGUUUAAUUUACUACCUCUCCAUUUUACAUUUUUACACCACCACCGUACCACCUGUGCACGUCGUCGUCGUGUAUGUAACAACAAUAAUCCUCUCUCUGCUUAUGGGUUUGCUGGCUCUCUGUGUUUCAUGUAUGUACUACUACCAUGCUGCUGCUGCUGCUGCUUUGUUAUAGGCAGGCAGCACUCUGCUCAACCAAUAAACUUUUUGUAUACAUACAUGUAUAUAUGCGCCAUCUUUUUCAA